UAAUAAUAAUAAAAAAAAAAGUAGUAGAAAAAGAAAGAAAACAAAAAUCAAGUAAGUGAAGAAGGCUCUUCCAGUGUGUGCAGCUGGAUAGCUGAUUCGGUGGUUCUAACUUUUCUCAAACUCAAACAAUCUUCUUUCUUCAAAGUUCCAGGAAGAAGACAUAUAUAUAUAUAUAUAGUAAUGGCUACUGCAGCAGUUAUUGGAUUGAGUGGAGGAAAAAGGCUAUUGAGUUCAUCUUACCAUUAUUCAGAUAUUAUAGAAAAGUUUUCACAUGGAUGUAGUGAUUUUGGAUCCACACAGUAUCAGCUUCCACCUUCAAAAUUUGUAAUAGUUGCAAAGAAAUCAUCAAAAUCCACUCCAACUUUUCCGCCAUCCGAAAAGAAGAAUAAGUCCAUCAAGGUUCUUAAGGAACAUGUUGUUGACCGCGGCGGUUCGCGUGUUGAUCCUGAACAAUGGUUUCAGGGUUAUGAUUCUAGGGAGUUAGAGGUAGAGGUGGAAACUUCUGAUAUGGAUGGUUAUUCUUUAGAGGCACUUCUUUUGUUACAGAAAUCGAUGUUGGAAAAGCAAUGGAGUCUUUCGUUUGAAAGGGAAGUGUUGAGUGAGAAUUCGAAGAGAGAAAAAAUACGGAGGAAGGUUUCGGUUACUUCUUCUGGAGUUUCUGCGAGGCAAAGAAGGAUGAAUGGUAAGAGGAAAAUUAGUGGUAAAAGUGGUUCUGCAAUGAUGCAGCCGAGGUUCACAAUCAGUCGUGAACUGAUUCAAAACCGUUCGAAAGGAUAUGUGAAAGGUGUUUCCAGUAACAAAUUGCUCUCUCAUGCUGAUGUCUUAAAGUUAUCCGAGAAAAUAAAAGUUGGUCUUUCUUUAGAUGAGCAUAAAUCCAGAUUGAAGGAAAAAUUAGGAUGCGAACCUUCUGAUGAUCAAUUUGCGAAUUCGUUGAAGAUUUCUAGAGCUGAACUACGAACCAAAAUAAUGGAGUGCUCUUUGGCAAGAGAAAAAUUAACUAUGAGCAAUGUUCGCUUAGUUUAUUCAAUUGCUCAAAAAUACGAUAACAUGGGUGCUGAAAUGGCCGACCUUGUUCAGGGUGGCGUGAUUGGACUUCUUCGUGGGAUUGAUAAGUUUGAUUCUUCAAAAGGGUUCAAGAUUUCAACUUAUGUUUAUUGGUGGAUACGACAGGGUGUUUCAAGAGCUCUAAUUGAGAAUUCUAGAACAUUAAGAUUGCCAACUCAUUUGCAUGAGAGAUUAUCUUUGAUCCGCAAUGCACAUUAUAGACUCGAAGAGAGAGGCAUCACUCCAACUAUUGAUAUAAUUGCAAAAAACCUUAAUAUGACUCAAAAGAAAGUCAGAAAUGCUACCGAGGCUAUCAACAAAGUUUUCUCCUUAGAUAGGGAAACAUUCCCCUCUCUGAAUGGUCUUCCAGGAGACACUUAUCAUAAUUUUGUUGCAGAUAAACAAAGUGAGAACAUCCCGUGGAUUGGAGUAGAUGAGUGGGCUCUAAAGGAGGAAGUGAACAAACUCAUCAAUGUGACCCUUGUCGAACGAGAGAGAGAAAUUGUUCGUCUUUAUUAUGGACUGGAUAAAAAAUGUCUUACGUGGGAAGAAAUUAGUAAACGGAUAGGUUUGUCGAGAGAAAGAGUAAGGCAAGUUGGACUUGUUGCAUUGGAGAAACUAAAACAUGCUGCAAGGAAGAAGGAGUUGGAGGCCAUGCUUUUUGAACAUUGAUAUGAUGGACUUAUCAUAGAGACAUGUAUAUAUACAGAACAGAAAGGAAGUAUGUACCUAGAAAUUUGACACUUCCUGAUAAAAAAUAGACGAAAGAGGACGAUAUAAGGGAACAUUGAAGUUCAUAAACCACCUGAAAAUGUUGUCUUUUGAAGUUAAUUAUGUUGUAUCAAAUGUGUUUCCUAGGAAGACUUUGUAUCAAGAGAAGUUUCAUGAGCUAGUUACAAUUAUGUUUAUAGUUUGAAUAGCAUUUAACAUGUA